AUGGAUUAAACCAAUUCAAAUCUCAUCUUAAUAGCACCAGGACAUUCUUAUUCAACUAAAUUAAUUUAAUGUAUACAUUUUAUGAUGUGAAAUUAUUAGAUUUGGUUAAACAUUUUAAUAAAGAUCAAUUAAUAUUUGAUAAGAUUGAUGAAGAAUAUUAAAAAAUUGGAACCUAACUGUAAUAAUCUAAUACAUUGUAUUAGUUUAAUCGAUACAAAAUAUUAUACAUGUGAAGUUGGUUUGCAUAUAAUAAAUUACAAUUAUUUUUAUUAAGAAAAUGCUAUAGAAAAAUUGCAAAAAAUAAAAGUAGAUGGAGUAUUAUUCAUUGUUGAUGCAAACAAUAUGAAUGGAUUAGAUUAGUAUAUUAAUUUAUGUGAUUAAAUUUUGAAUGAAAUCUAACCAGGUUUAUAGGCUAUAAUUUAUAACAGGAAAGAAGGGACAAAAAUUAAUAUUGAGUUAUUAGAAAAUGAGGAAAAAAAAUUAGAAAGCUUUGUGGAAUAAAUUUAUUUAGAUUUAGAUAAUCCUCCUAUUUAAUAAUAAAUUAAAUAAUUAUCUGAAUAAGAAGAUGAAACUCUUGGAUUUCCUAGAAUAAUUGAGAUUAUGGAAUGUAAUACUUGGACAUAUAUGAGACCUAAAUCAUAAGAAAAGAAGGAAAAAUAAAACAAAACAAAAAUAAUUGAUAAAUAAAAUGAAGUUAUUGAUCAAUUAGAAUAUGAAGAUGAUCAAUUUGCUUAAUUGAUACAUGAUAUGACUAAGAUUAGGUAUUAAAGAAUGUUAUUUAUAGAACUUCUAAAAUGACAGAUGAAGAGAGAAGAGAGAAGGCAGCUAAUCUUAUGAAUUAAUUAAUGAAUAUGUGUUAAGAUGAUGAUGAAGAUGAUUUGUGA